GACUGCCAUUGCCCAUCCCUAUUUCUGAGGUCUCCUGCCGCUCAAUACUGGACACACCCCAGAAAGCGUUCAUCUGCGUUAUGUUAUUCUGAUUUCUGAUGAUCCAAAACGUUUUUAGAGUUCUGUUUAUUUAACAAGUUCAAUUUUAAUAGGUGUUUAGUCGUGACUAAAAUUUCAUCAUGGGCUCGCUGUUUCGCAGCGAGGAAAUGGCUUUAUGCCAAUUGUUUUUACAAAGUGAAGCGGCGUAUGCUUGUGUUUCCGAACUGGGCGAAUUGGGAUUGGUGCAAUUUAGAGACUUGAAUCCUGACGUUAAUGCAUUCCAACGCAAAUUUGUUAGUGAAGUGCGCCGCUGCGAUGAAAUGGAAAGAAAACUCCGUUACUUAGAAAAAGAAAUUAAAAAGGACGGUAUUCCGAUGAUGGACACAGGUGAAAAUCCAGAAGCUCCACAACCUCGAGAAAUGAUUGAUCUUGAAGCUACAUUUGAAAAGUUGGAAAAUGAGUUGAGAGAAGUCAACCAUAAUGCUGAAGCAUUAAAACGUAAUUUUCUUGAACUAACUGAGCUUAAACAUAUCUUACGGAAGACACAAGUAUUCUUUGAUGAGACUGAACAGCAAAUGGGUACCGCGGUUGCUUCGCAGAUGGCUGACCCAAAUCGGGAGGACGAGCAAGUUACACUGCUAGGCGAGGAAGGACUUCGUGCUGGCGGUCAAGCCCUCAAAUUAGGGUAUUCAACUCGGUUGCUUUUAUGGGGUUCAAAAUUAUUGAAACGUUCAGAAACAAAAUUUGAACUGGAAAAGGUUGGGAACUGCUAUUUUAGAUUUGUUGCUGGAGUUAUAUUGCGUGAAAGGAUUCCGGCGUUUGAGCGAAUGUUGUGGCGAGCUUGUCGGGGUAAUGUUUUUUUGAGGCAAGCAGAAAUAGAAACACCAUUAGAAGAUCCAUCUACAGGAGAUCAAGUGCACAAAUCAGUGUUUAUAAUAUUCUUCCAAGGUGAUCAACUGAAGUCUCGUGUUAGGAAAAUUUGUGAAGGUUUUCGUGCAACAUUGUACCCAUGUCCAGAAGCUCCAUCACAGCGCCGUGAAAUGGCUAUGGGGGUCAUGACCCGCAUAGAAGAUCUAAAUACUGUAUUGGGCCAAACCCAAGAUCAUCGACACCGUGUACUUGUUGCUGCUGCUAAGAAUAUAAAAAAUUGGUUUAUUAAAGUUGUUAAAAUCAAGGCUAUUUACCAUACACUAAACUUAUUUAAUUUGGACGUAACACAAAAAUGUUUGAUUGCUGAGUGCUGGGUACCAUUACUUGAUGUUGAGACUAUUCAACUUGCUUUGCGUAGAGGAACAGAACGAAGUGGUAGCUCUGUACCACCUAUUUUAAACAGAAUGGAUACAUUUGAAGACCCACCAACUUAUAACCGUACAAAUAAAUUUACUAGUGCUUUCCAAAAUUUAGUGGACGCUUAUGGAGUAGCCAGUUAUAGAGAAAUUAAUCCAACUCCAUAUACUAUUAUCAGUUUUCCAUUUUUAUUUGCUGUCAUGUUUGGUGAUCUUGGUCAUGGAGCUAUAAUGUUUUUAUUUGCUGCCUUUUUGGUUUUACGUGAAAAACCAUUAGCUGCCAAAAAAACUGAUAACGAAGUCUGGAAUAUAUUUUUUUCUGGUCGUUACAUUAUACUGCUAAUGGGCUUAUUUUCAAUGUACACUGGUAUUAUAUACAAUGAUAUAUUUUCUAAAUCUCUUAACUUAUUUGGAUGUCAUUGGCAUACAAAUUACAACGUAUCUACAGUGCUGACUAAUAAAUUUCUACAGUUAAAUCCUGCAUUAUCAUCAGAUUAUGAUCAAGUUCCAUAUCCUGUGGGACUUGAUCCUGUUUGGCAGCUGGCAGAUAAUAAAAUUGUAUUUUUAAAUGCAUACAAAAUGAAAAUUUCCAUUAUUUUUGGUGUACUUCACAUGCUGAGUGGUGUAACUCUCAGUCUUUACAAUUAUAGAUAUUUCAAAGAUCGCCUAUCUGUUUUAUGUGAUUUUAUCCCACAAUUAAUAUUCUUGACGUUUCUAUUCUUAUACAUGGUAUUGUUAAUGUUUGUAAAAUGGAUAUCAUAUGGUCCUCAAAAUGAUUUUCCUGAUAGUCCAGCUUGUGCACCAUCUAUUUUGAUUACAUUUAUCAACAUGGUCUUAUUUAAAGACAAUCCGCCACUAGAAAAUUGUAAUACUGUGUACAUGUUUGCAGGACAAGGGGCCUUGCAAAAAUUCUUAGUCCUUGUUGCUCUUUUAUGUGUUCCAAUUAUGUUACUUGCAAAACCUAUUUAUAUCAUGCGCCAACAAAAAGAAAAACAUGUUCAGUUAGUAAAUGGACAUGCCACUACUGAAAAUGGUGAUGCAGAAGGAGCUGGUCGCGUCGUUCAACCACCACCAGCAGGAGGUCACGAUGAAAACGAAAUUGGUGAACUAUUUAUUCAUCAAGGCAUUCAUACUAUUGAGUAUGUGCUUGGCUCAGUAAGUCACACUGCUUCUUACCUUCGAUUGUGGGCUCUUUCAUUAGCUCAUGCACAAUUAUCUGAUGUAUUGUGGAGUAUGGUAUUGAGAAAAGGUCUUCUCCUAGACUCUUGGAUUGGUGGUGUAUGGUUAUGGGCCGUCUUUAGUUUCUGGGCCAUUCUUACUGUAGGCAUUCUUGUACUUAUGGAGGGCCUAUCUGCAUUCUUGCACACACUUCGAUUGCAUUGGGUUGAGUUCCAAAGCAAAUUUUACAAAGGACUUGGUUAUGCAUUUGCUCCUUUUUCAUUCGAAGUUAUAUUAAACACAGCUGCCACAGCAACCGAAGAAUAAAUAUCAAUGCUGUAUAUUUACUAAACUAUAAUAUAGUAGUAUUAUUUUUUAGACUA